AUGGCUACAGACGAAGUUACAGGAGGGGCUCGCAAAGCUACGAAAAGCAAACUUUUUGAGUUUCUGGUCCAUGGGGUGCGACCUGGGAUGCCAUCAGGAGCUCGGAUGCCCCAUCAAGGGGCUCCCAUGGGUCCCCCAGGCGCCCCGUAUGUCGGAAGCCCCUCAGUGCGACCUGGAAUGCCCCAGACUGUGAUGGAAACCACGAGAAAGCGCCCGGCGCCGCAGCAGGUCCAGCAGCAGCAGGUGCAGCAGCAAGUGCAACAGCAGCAGCAGGCCACUCAGAACCGCACCAGGAGUGCCAAGAGGAGGAAGAUGGCUGACAAAAUUCUCCCUCAGAGGAUCCGGGAGCUGGUUCCUGAGUCCCAGGCCUACAUGGAUCUGUUGGCCUUUGAACGCAAACUAGACCAGACCAUUAUGCGGAAGCGCGUGGAUAUUCAGGAGACGCUGAAGAGGCCAAUGAAGCAAAAGCGGAAACUGAGACUUUACAUCUCCAACACAUUCAAUCCUGCAAAAUCUGACGCUGAUGACUCCGAUGGCAGCAUUGCUUCAUGGGAGCUGCGAGUGGAGGGGAAGCUCCUGGAUGAUCUCAGCAAACAGAAACGGAAGUUUUCAUCUUUUUUUAAGAGUUUGGUUAUUGAACUGGACAAAGAUCUUUACGGACCUGACAACCAUCUUGUGGAG